CAAGGUACACUGUACGGUCCUUUGGGAUCAGACGGAAUGAAAAGAUUGCUUGUUAUGUCACUGUCAGAGGCGACAAGGCAAUGCAGCUUCUCGAAAGCGGGCUGAAGGUCAAGGAAUACGAAUUGCUCAGAAGGAACUUUAGCGACACUGGAUGCUUUGGGUUUGGCAUUCAGGAGCACAUUGAUCUCGGGAUAAAGUACGACCCAUCAACUGGCAUCUACGGUAUGGAUUUCUAUGUUGUCCUAGAGAGGCCCGGUUAUCGUGUGGGCCGCCGGCGCAGAUGCAAGUCGCGUGUCGGAAUUCAGCACAGGGUGACGAAGGAAGAUUCCAUGAAGUGGUUUCAAGUGAAAUACGAAGGUGUCAUUCUCAACAAGGCAUCUAACAUUGGAGCUUAA